CGCUUCUGUGGCAUCCCACUGAAUACACCCCUCUUCAGCAUCGAGGGAUCUCUCUUCUUCUUUCCACAGCGUUCAGCAAAGGCAAGAGCCAUGGAGACCAAACGCUUAUCCUGCGCUUCCCUAUCCCUUCUCUCGACAGGAACCCACAGGGAGAGCGGUAGAGAGGAUUCAAUUAGCCUUGAGGAAUGGCAGGGUUGGGGCAGCACCUCCACCGUACCCGCUAUGGUUAUUGAGGUCAUUGAAGACUUGCAGCUGCUCGAGAGAACCGCUGAUGCCGACAUGGUCUUUGGAGGCAAACAUGGAAAGCUUCAGGGGGACUUCAAGGUGCAUGAGGAUAAGAAACAUAGAGCAAAAUACAAGUCCUUGGGUGAUUCUGAAAAGAAGCUUCAAUUCUUUUCAGCUAGACAAAUUGCAUGCCGCUUGCUUGGAAGUAGGCAUUACCUUUGCCAGAAGUGUUGGCUUGCCAAGGAAGAUUGUAUGUGUUCAAGGCUCGUACCAUUUCAUCCUUGGCACCGUAUACGGUUUUGGUUGUAUAUGCAUCCUAAGGAUUUCUUGCGCCAAAAUAACACAGGAAAGCUGUUAUGGCAAGUUUUUGGUGUUCAUGCUGCUAAUUUGUGCUUAUUUGGCAUUUCUGAAAAUGAGGAAAUGCUGUGGAAUGCGUUAAAACUGGCAGGGAAAGACAAGGUUUGGUGUCUCUUUCCUAAUAAGAAUGCUGCAACAAAAUCUGUUAAAGACAGCUUUUUCCAGAAUCCUUUGGAUGAUCUAGAUUGCAAGACAAAAAUGGCAAAUUUUGAUGACGUCUUUCACUUUGUUCUACUUGAUGGCACCUGGAGCAAUUCUACUGCUAUGUUCAGCCGGUUAAAGGAACGGGCCAAGUCAAUUUGGGGUGAGGGAGAGGAGUUGCCUUGUAUCUCACUGAACACAGGGGUAUCCUUGAUGCAUAGACUACGACCCCAACCAUCUUGGGACCGAACAUGUACAGCAGCUGCAGCAAUUGGCCUCCUGCACGAGCUUCAUCUUGUUCCUGCUUUCGAUUCCUAUGAGCUAGACAAGCAUGCUGAUGCAAUCGAAGAUGCCUUGGAGGUUCUCUUAGAUGCGCUAACCAAACGACGCCUUCGGAUGGGAAGAACCAUCACCCGUAAAGGUAGACAUGGGAGCAAAAUAAUUUAGCCGAGAAUUUAUGUCGUGCUGCUGACAUCACAUCUGACCAGCAUAGUGGAAUUUGCCCAGUAAUUUUAACAGUUCGGUAGUUAUUUAUUUUAUUUAAAAAAAUCUAUGUGAUGUGUAACACUGUAACUUUAGUUGUCGACUCAUGGGUACUGGACAAAAAAACAUCCUUCGUCUUGAAGGCAAACCCAUUUUGCCAAAUCCAAUCUUUGUCUAGCUUUGACUUUGUUACUUUUCUAUUUUUGUUUUCUUGUUGCCAUGU